AUGGAUCACCAAACAAAAAAAAGGUGCUGGAAUUGCCGCUCUGGUAAGAAGUCAUGCGACAGACAGGUUCCAUCCUGUGGGAACUGCCUGAGACGGGGUAUAACGUGUGAGGGAUACGGAAUGCUUCUAUCGUGGCCAAAGGGAUCUGACAAUCGGAGAUCCAUUGUCUGCAUCCCCGAAAUCGAACUGCCCAUACAUAAAAGGCCCCUGUAUUAUAUUGACUUGGGUCAUAGAGAUUUGGAGCUAUCAUUUGAACUCCGCAAUUCCAGAUGGAGCGACCUUUGCCAAAAUCACUUCGCCCACGAAGUAGGUCUACCGCAUUUCCCAGAAGCGCCUUCAUCCGACAUUGCAGAUCCACCCACUGGUGGAACACCGCAAGGAUGUGAUGAAAUGGGAGUCAUUCAAGUUACUUUUGGCGAGAAUGUAGAUGACAUCCAGCAGCUAUUUAGGGAGAUGAUUGCAAACAGCUCGGCGUCGGCUACCACAGCUCUUCGCCACGCGCUGCUAGCAUUAUGCUUUCAAUACCUAGCCAUUACUCCAAAUGCUAUUUAUCAUCAAAAUCGGUCGAUAAAAGGCUUACAGAGUGCUAUGGAGAAAUCAUUGCCGUGGGAUCACGAAGAAGCUUUCCCAAUGGUAGCAGUUAGUAUGCUACUCAGUUUGUACGAGAUGGAAAACGGCGAGUCCUCACUUCGCUGGGCUAUAUUUUUUAGCGGUACUAAGAGGAUCCUUGAUACCAUCUACAAUCCGGAAGAGACUUACGAAGGCAAUGCAGCAAUUAUCAUGGACUGGAUCUUGUAUUGCUCCACCAUGUAUAAAUUCAGUGUUCUUCAUUGGCUUCGAAUAGAUGAACUGCAAACGUGGCUGGAGAGACAGAAGAAAGUAAUAUCAAAGCCUCUCCACUCGGCUCGCCGCCAAUUUAUCUUGCCCUCUUGGGGAUGCUCUCUAGAACUAUUGGAUAUUCUACACGACAUUUUCAACGACGUCCACGAUCGAGAUACCGAACAGUACAAUUCUCCAGAGCACACUGCGAGAUUAAAUACGCUUGAAUGGCGACUACGAUGCCUGAGCCAACGUGAAGAGCACGAUGCGCCAAGCGCGAAUGCACCUUCGUACAACCGUCGAGCGGCAGAGUUCUACCGACUGAAUGCGCUACUCUAUCUCGAGCGAGUUGCCCGCGGCAGUCCCCGAGACGCCCAAAAAGUCGUCGAGCUUGUGACAAAAGCGUAUACACUACUGGAUAGCAUGGAGACUUUCGAUCGUCCUUGGCCGCUCUUUGUCUUGGCCCUCGAAGCAUCAACGGAAGACGAACGACGGACAGUAUUACAGGUAAUAGAGUCAGUGUUAGAGCGCCUACCCUUACGAAAAUGGGUGAUGCUACGAAGAAUGGUACAACAGGCUUGGGGCCAGAGCGAUUUGGCCGACUUUCAGAGUUUAGAUGCGCUGGUUUUAUAUAGAUCAGUGAUGAAUGUGCAUCGUGUGCCACCUUCUUUUAUCUAA